CCUUAAAGUUCAAUUUGACAAAAUAUAAUAAUAUCUAUAACUAUUAAUAGGCUCUUUAAUAGGCCUACUUCAGUAUUCAAUAGUCAAUGAUAAUAUCUUUUUUUUAUAAUGUCUAUCUUUCUAAAAAAGAAAAGUUUUUUGCUUGAAAAUUGUCUUGAAUCUACUGGAAACGUAAUAUAUGGGCUCACUCGACAUUUCGCACAACAGGUUGUGCAUCCAUUCAAAAUUACGAGCAAAGCAAAUAUAGAAAGACACAAGGCUUUUGUUAAUAGGGUGAACAUAGAAAACCAACAUGAAGUGCUGGCAGACAUGAUCACACCAUGUUGGAAAAUGUCAUACGAAGAAGAGCUUGAUUACAAGCAAAAAAUGUGUGCAGAAACCCUUGAAUACUUGUUUUAUAAACUAUCCAGAAGAAAAGAAGAUGUUCAAGGUGUUAUGAAAAGAAUAGUUCCUUCUCCCUCUCGAGACUGUUAUCGCAACAAGAACGAGUUUAACAUCUGGAUGGGUGUAGAUGGGAACCCAAAAACUGUUGGAUAUUUUAUCGGCAUUCCAGCAGCGGGAAAGGUGGUAUCCGUGCCUGCAAAUAAUUUGAAAUGCAUUAAAGAGUCUCACACGGAAUUAGCAAAGAUUUAUCAAGAUCUGGUGAGUUCAUCUCCGCUGGCCGCAAGCUAUCAGUUGUUUGAUGGUGGUUUCUGGCGCAGUUUGAUAGUGAGAUCCAAUGACAAGGGGGACCACCAAGCGUUUAUAAUCACUCACCCUUCCACACUCACUCCAGAUCAAAUAACGGAACAGCAAGAGAUCAUGGCUGAGCAUUUCAAACGACACAGCCCCGAAACAUCCCUCUUUCAUCAAUCCUGCCCGCAUGUGAAAUGCCCCCGAGAGGUGGCAAAGAUUCAUAAUCUUCGAGGUGAGCCGUUUAUGUACGAGACCCUGGCAGGUCUACAGUUCCGAAUCUCCCCCGACUCGUUCUUCCAAAUCAACAAACCUGCGGCUGAGAUCAUGUACGACAUAGCGCUGGGAAUGGCUAAACCCAAACACUUCACCACACUACUGGAUCUCUACUGUGGAACUGGUGGUAUCAGUCUGCUAGCUAGUGGUCACGUGAGAGGCAGCGUAGGAGUGGAACAGGUCACUGCGGCUGUGGAAGACGCAAAACACAACGCUAACAUCAACAACAUCACCAACUGUACCUUUGUGGCAGGCAAAGUAGAGAUGAAACUGGCCAAGAUAUUGUCAGAGUUGGAAUAUUCUUCAGACAUUGUUGCCAUUGUAAAUCCUGGUCGAGCUGGUGCAAGCGAAGGCGUCAUCAGCAUGUUGAGGAAGAAUCAGCAAAUCAGACGAGUUGUUUAUAUUUCAUGCAGACCUGAUAAUCCUCUUACUAUGAAGAACUUUGUUCAGCUGUGUGAGGUUAUGGGCUCAACGUCUAGACCUUACAUUCUCAAAACAGCUGUUCCUGUUGAUCUCUUCCCUUACACCAACAGUUACGAGUUGGUGCUGUGUUUUGACAAAACAUAGUUGUCCAAAUCUGUAAAUUUUGUAAAUAAAUAAUUUUGUUACCAA